GGUUCCAAUUUAUUUAAUCUGGCAAACCCAAAAAGUGAGCCAUCGCCCUGUUAACGGUGUCAUGGCGGUUUGACUUGUUGAAGGUUUUUGCAAUAACUUGCAAGUUAAUGCGCUUUUAUUUUGUUUAAACUUUAAUUUCUGUGCAUAAAAUUAUCCAACACAAAGUAGUUAAUAAUGCGUGAAUACAAAAUAGUCGUGUUAGGUAGCGGGGGCGUGGGAAAGUCCGCACUGACAGUACAAUUUGUACAAGGCAUCUUUGUGGAGAAAUACGACCCCACCAUCGAGGACAGCUAUCGAAAACAAGUGGAAGUUGAUGGACAACAAUGUAUGCUCGAAAUCCUUGACACUGCCGGCACUGAACAAUUUACUGCAAUGAGAGACUUGUAUAUGAAGAACGGACAAGGUUUCGUGUUAGUGUAUUCUAUAACCGCACAAUCGACAUUCAACGAUCUACAAGAUUUAAGGGAGCAGAUAUUGCGGGUGAAGGACACUAACGAUGUCCCCAUGGUCCUGGUGGGCAACAAGUGUGACCUGGAUGCGGAGCGCGUGGUUGGUAAGCAGCAGGGUGCCAACCUCGCAAAUCAUUUCAAUUGCGUCUUCAUGGAGACCUCUGCCAAGGCUAAAAUCAGUGUGAAUGAAGUGUUCUACGAUCUAGUGCGACAAAUCAAUAAAAAGUCUCCCAAAGAGGUAAACAAACCAAGAAGCAGAAAGCACAUAUGUCGUCUGCUGUAAGUUCCGUGGCGUGUCCGGCUCGCAUAUGUAUUAAAUAUUUAAUAAUUUGAAAGACUUCUAUUACCCGGAUUUGGCUCUUGAUUACUCCAAAAUAUACUAUGUCGGGUGAGCAUGGUUAUUUAUACCUUGCAUUUCUAGAAUGUGCAUUUUUUUAACUGAUGUAUUGUGAUCCAGUGCUUUAGGGUGAAAUUUACACCAAGGUAACAUGUUUUCUGUACUUUGACAAAUGUUUCUAAGUUUCGGCGAUAUGUUAUAGAAUUAUGUGUAUAUUUCACCCUUAAAUUUAAUUCCAUAUGAAUGAAUACUAAGUUCAGAAGUUUUUAUCAACUCUGAUCUAUUAUAAUUGUUAAUUAAACAUCAUGUUGGAUAAAGCAUAUAUGGAGCCAACUUCAUAAUCACAAUUUAGGUACAAUUGCUUCAUUAGAUGUCAAUGUUCUGUGCAUUGAACAGGAAAAUUUAACAAUAAAUAUGAAUAGAAGAAUUUAGUUACACUUCCUUUAGUAGGUAUUUUCUACUUAGCAGUGUAUUGCUAUAUAUUGAUCACCUAAUAACAAAUUGGGACUUUGUUUUAUGGCAAUCUAAAUUGCUUAUAUACUGAGAUAGUUUGAAAUUUUUUUCAAUUACAGUUCUUCCAUUGAAUUACACUAAUAAUUAUCUUGUACACAACCCUAAAAGAUGUAUGUUGUAUAUCAGUCUAUGCAAUGGGUUAUACCAGCAUGUUGUAAAUCUUUUCUCCACUUUUAAAACACACCAGCUUUUUCAAACCUUAGGAUAUUAAUAAUUAUAAUAAAUUCCUAUCAAUUCAGAUGUUUUACUAAUUGAUAUAAGUUUACAUUGUGUGUAAAGAAUAUACCAUCUAUAAUCAUUUACGAUGAAACAGUUGCAUGUUCAAAGCUUCUGAACUUCAGAUAAAAGGUUAAACAGGCUCUAAGGAUGCCUAACUCAUGCCGUUGGGCCUGAUUCUAUGUAAAAUGUUUAUGAAUAAGAAUACAUUAAAAAUUUUCAGAUAUAUUAUUGUCUUGUUAUAUUCUACGAGUGUAUCGAUAGAAAGUUGAUGCAACACCACUUGGAUCUUUAUACAGGGGUAUAUCUUGUGAAAGUUUAACUUAUGUCCAUUUUAAUCCUUCCAUUUCACCAACCAUAAAUAUUAGAACAAUUAUCUAAAUUAAUCAUAUAUUAUUCUACAUACAAGUUUCAUAUUAUUUUUUUGUAAAUAUAAUUUCAGGAAUGUGGCCUGAAACUCCUACUUAUGAGAAUAACCCUGUAUAUUGAACAAAGAUUAGUGAGCCUUAGGUGAUUGCACCCCGUGUAGUGUGACCAGUGUCUAUUGUUUCCAUAGGCACUUGCCAGACUGUAUUCCUUUAUAUAAAGUAAAAAAUCUAAAAAAUAUCGUUAUUGUAAAUUGGAUAAAUUUUUAUGAUUACUGGCUCAUUUAAAUGUAAAUUACUGACAUGUGUUGCUACUACUAAAACUUUGUUAAAGUAAUAAUUAUAAAUAGGUGUUCAAAUAUUGUUAUGGGAUUAGAUGUUUCCUCCGUUCUAAUUUCUGUUAAUGUAAGAGUAACUGCACAAGGAUAUUGGUAAAUGACUUGAUCUGAGUUGAAUUAUAUUUUUAUAUAUGUGCAAAUUUAUAUUAUAACUUGUAUAUUUUUAUCUUUUCAAUCAAUAAUCGACAUGUACAAUUAAUUUCACUUUUGUUUUGCAAAUUUAUCAAUAAAACCAAUUUUAAAUAUUCAA